AAACAAAGCCUUUGUUUCUUUCUCUAUACCCUGUGGUAUCAUACAAUAGAAGAACAUCAUAUUGAGAAUCAAUUCGAUCGCUCGUUUCCUGGGGUUGUCAACACAUUUGAUUCUUCUAAAAUCCAUUUUGGGGUAUUUAAAAAUUAAUUUUUAAGUGUUUUUCUGGUCCAAUUUUUGAUAAACAACUAGGAAUAUACCUAGAUGAUCAAGAAGUUCAAUGGUAGUUAUUGAUUUUGAAGGUUGGAUAGGUAACUGUGCAAUUCCUUUCUGGGUUUUUCUGGGUUUUGUGAGUAGUUUAAUGGGUCGAAGUUGGAUUUUUGAAUUGUGAGUGAUAUGUUGGAUUUUAGGAUAGGUGGUAAAAGGGGGGCUAGGGUUAGGGUUUUGUGUUGAAAGGUUUGAAAUUUGGGGUUAGGUUAUAUUUAUGAGUUGGGGAAAUAGUAGGGUUCAGAUGAUGGAAGAACAUGACCUUGAAGAAGGGGAAGCAUGUUAUUACAACAAGGAUGAUGAUGAUACAAGCUUUGACCCUGAUAUAGCACUCUCUUACAUUGAUGAGAAACUUCAAAGUGUCCUGGGUCAUUUUCAGAAAGAUUUUGAAGGAGGUGUUUCUGCCGAGAAUUUGGGGGCAAAAUUUGGUGGUUAUGGUUCGUUUUUACCGACUUAUCAACGCUCCCCUUCAAUUCUACCUCAGCCAAGAACUCCACAGAAAUCUCAAAAUCAAGGCACAUCAAGAUCGCCCAGCCAAUUCGCCUCCGAGGGAUCUCUUCAGAACUCAAUGUCUGUGUCUGGUCUUCCUUCGACUAGGAGGAAUGGUACAGCUGCUUCCUGUGGUGGUCAUACCUUAAAUGAUUCAAGGGUUCCUUGUGGGGGUGAUUCCACAAGACAAGAUUCAUCUGCUCAAGAAUCUAAUAAGUUCCCUGCAAAACAUGAAGUUUCUAUGAUUAAGUCACUUAAUCCAACUGAUCAGAGAACACUCAAACUUCGGAUUAGAGUUGGUUCUGAUAAGACAGCUCAGAAGAGUACUGCUUUGCACACUAGUCUUGGACUUAUCUCUCCCUCUUCAUCGAUGGAAAAUAGUCCUACUGAGAGUGGUGAGAUGUUGGCCAAGGUUCAAGAAAGUCAUAGUGAUUCUCCAGCCAACAUCCUUCAGACUAUGACUUCUUUCCCAGUUGCUGGAAGUGUGCUGCUUUCACCUCUCCAUGAGAAGUUUUUGACUCUGUCAAGAAAUGAAAAACUUUUCGCAGAGAAUGAGCAUGUGGCUGCUGCAAAGGGUACUAACCCUCAAUCUGUCAUGUCUGCCAAUAGUUCAACUUCCAGGCUGGAAGAUGGAGAUGUCUUGAUCAGGAAGAAAAGUAAAUCAGUUGGUUUAAGUGGAUAUGUUGAGGAACUGAAUUCAGAGGUCAGAAAUGACACAAUGUCCUUGUUAAAGAAAAACUCGGGAAUUGAGAGCUUGAAAAACAGGCAUUGCUUCACAAAUGACCUUAAUCAGAGAGUCGUACAUGAUUUAGUAUGUGAUACUCAUGAAUCAGUGAAAGGUGCUGGUGGUGCACCUGAAGCUAUAAAAGCCUCAGAGAAGGAAGUUCCUCUGAAGAAAAGGGAGAUCAAUAGACUUAAAGAUCAACUGUUUGGUAGUGAUUUGGAUAAGGAUGACUCGUUAGAAUCAUUAUCUGACCUAAGUGGUGACAAAUAUGAUCACCAGGAAGUAAGAAGUAGAUCGGUGGAACUCCAGUUAGAAAGCUUUCAGAAAAAUGCUUCUUUUGAUAUCAAGGAAGGUGGCAUGAGCAAAUGCAGCAGAUCAGUUCCUUCAUUUAGAGCUGAUUCUGAUAUAUCUGAGAGUGAGAGGGAUUCUAGUGGGGCUGUCUCUCUGAGAAAGAAAGCUGUUAUGCAAGCUGCAAGCCAUAAACUUGACCAACCUAGGAUACCUCACACUGAGAAGCAGUCAUCUGAAGGCAAAAAGAAAUUAACAGAACAUCAACCUGGUUUGAAGCCUGCUGCAGAUGCGGCAGAGGUAAGAGGGGUUUCUACUACCUUCAAGAACAAGAAGAGUUCUAUGAAGGAUGUACGGGUGGCUCAUGUAUUUGAUGCACAGUUGAAAAAACCCACAAAUCAACUGGGUAGACCUCCAGGUGAUAAGUUGAAGAAAUCUAAACUGGAGGCACGUAAAGGACGGCAUUCAUCUUCUUCUAAAUCAAGACAGGUCCCAUGCAAAAGAGCUGAUAGUCUUGUGGCAUGUGCGACCCCUAUGAAGGAUCCUUCAGCCAUGGGCAUACAGGGUGUGAAAGAGCUGACCUCUGGAGCUGAGCCACCAGUUGCUCCUGUCUUUAUUGAAGAAGAUUGGGUUGCCUGUGAUAAAUGUGAGAAGUGGCGUCUUCUUCCAUAUGGUACAAAACCUGAGCAACUGCCUGAGAGGUGGAUGUGCAGUAUGUUAUACUGGCUGCCUGGAAUGAACCGUUGUGACAUUAGUGAGGAGGAGACUACAAGAGCUCUGCAUGCCUUGUACCAAAUGCCCCUGCCUGAUAACCUAAAUAGCCUUCAAAAUCAUGCUGGUAGAAGUGCGGCAGGAGUGGUUUCAGCUGAUAUGCAUGGUCUCGGUGGUAGCAGUCAGAACGUGGGUUUCGAUUACAUGGCUAAUGGAAGAAAGAAGAAAUAUAAAUUAAGAGAAACACCGAACACAAGCAGCAAUCAUGGUCCAAUGUUGACCACAAACUCAAACUUGCAAUCUGAGCUGGUCAAAAGCAGAAGUUUUAAGAAUGUGAACCAACCUGUUGCUGAAUCAAAUUCAAUUAGCAAAUCCAAUGCACAGAUUCCAGUUAAGUCGUCUGAUGUCCUUGGCAAACAUUUGAACAAACUGACGGAGCGCAUGGCUAAUGGUGAUGAAAAGCAAAAAAGGAAAUCCAAAAGGGAGUCCGAUCAAUAUGAUCGCAGGGAUUUGAAAAAGUUAAAAAUCAAAAGUGACCAAGCUUUUGUGGCAACUAGGGAAGUUGUGACUGGUACCCAGGACUACCAUGAACGUGGCAAUUUAAAGGAUACAAAGCCUGGAUUGACAGAAAGGUUACAAAUAUUGGAAAAGAAGCAUGGUAAUCGAGUCCAGGAUUCAAGGGAUAGUGGCUCGAUUGAUGUAAAAACUAAUAUUGGAAGAGAAAUUUCUAUAAAGAAAAGAAAAUUGAGGGAUCAAGACAAUUUAAUGAAUUCACAAAGUAAAGAUAAUCUCUUGGGUGACAGCGAUGGCAAUGCAAUUGUGGGGGAGGUUAGUGGUGAGAGUGGUUUCAGAAAACAGAAGAAACCCAAGGUGUUUCAUUCUGAAAAAAAGGAGCCCAGUACAAGCAAGGGUGAGGAGAAAUCAUCAAGAACAAGAGGUGCAGUUACCAGAAUUGUUCUACCAGGAACCAGGGAUUUUCCUAUAGAUAGAAGUGUAGAGAGAGAACAUCAGACAAAGAAGUACCGAGUGAAGGUUCAGUCUCGGUUGACGAUGGAAGAUAUUGAUUCAUUGAAAAAGGACUUGGGAUCUGAACAGUUACCAAUGGCUGCCACUUCAAGCUCGUCAAAAGUUUCUGAUUCCCGGAAACGUAGAGUGAAUCACCAAGUGAAAGGCUCUCCUGUAGGGUCUGUUUCCUCAUCUCCCAUGAGGAUGCUCAACAUGAGUAAGGCUUCACCUGCAAGAAUGGAGAGUUCAGGGAAAGAUGAUGCUAAAUUGGAUGACAUUGGAAGUCCAAGAAAAUAUUUGGAUAGGGAUGGCGAUUUUGAGAGUGAUAAAUGUAGGGUCUUGAUAAAGGGGAAAAGACCAGGUGUUCCUCAUUCGGAGGUUUAUGAAAAUUUUGUGCUAGAUUUUCAGGGUAAUGAUGCCAGGGAAAAAAUUGAAUCAUGUGGUAUACAUUCUUCCGACUUUGGAAAUAGCCAUAUGUGUAAUAAUAAUGUUGAUGUUCUGGAGCAAUGUGGCCCUUACAUGACUGAAAAGCGUGCUGCAUAUUGCUCUGAUGGCAAGGGUAGAUUGAGCAAGAAACACGUUUCUGUGCUUAACGAACAUAAAUCUGCCAAAGAUCCUCCUUUGCAAAAUAAGGAGAAAGACUGGAAUACUGGAUUUAAUACUCAAAGGGUAGAAGAGAACAUAUCUGAUCAACUGGGCAGCAAGGAAGUCCUGAAUUCAAAGAUUGACCCUAAUAAUCUUGACUCUAGUACUAAAUCUUUCAAAAACAAUCAGAAAGUCAGCAAGAAAGAUCCCACACAUUGUAGUGACAGCAGUAGAGAGCUCCGAUUGAAGCAUGAUGGUGUUGGGUCAACCACAAAGUUGAAUAGUGUAUGUGACUUGGAAGGAAAAGUUCUUACAAAGGAAAAACUUCAUCAGGAAAGUGAUACUCGAUUUGCAACAAAUGGUAGAUCAAUUCAGACAGAAUCCAGGGACCUAAGGUCACAAGUUGGUGUAUAUGCUGAAGAUCAAUUAGGCACAUCAGUUAUUAAGAGCAAAUCUGCUUCAGGUGCCCAGAAAGGAAGUUUUAAAAAUGUAGGGAUCGCUAAUUCUUCUGUAAGUGCCAGAGUGUCAACUAUGCUAAAAGAUCCUGGCAUUGGUGUGUGUCAAAAUGCGAGUCACAACAGCAUGGGCCGGUUGGAGUCUGAUCAUUGCGCAGUGCAGGAACCCAGUGCUCCUACCCCCUCAAAAAGAGAGUCCUCCAGUCAGACUGCUUCUAUUAUCUUGACAGAAGCUGAAAAGCUUAGAGAUACUGCUGAUCGUCUUAAGAACUCUGGAUUUCAUGCUGACUAUAAUCAUGGCUAUUUCCAAGCGGCAUUACUGUUUCUUCAGGGUGCUUCACAUUUAGAAAGCUCAAAUGGGGAAAGUAGCAAAUCUGGGGAGAUGAAUCAAAUACAAAUCUAUAGUAACGCAGCCAAACUUUGCGAAGCUUGUGCACUUGAAUACGAGAAGCAUGAUGAAACUGCCACUGCUGCUUUGGCCUAUAAGUGUAUGGAGGUUGCAUACAUGAGGGUGGUAAACUGCAAAAGUAUGAGUUCAAGUAGAAUUUGGCAUGAUCUGCAUGCAAAUUUGCAAGUUCCCCCUCUAGGUGAAUCUCCUUCAUCUUCCGCAUCUGAUGUUGAUAACACAAACAAUCUAACAGUGGCAGAGAAGACUGUUUUAUCAAAAGGCAGUGGUUCUCAUUCUGGAAAUCAUGUUAUUGCUCCUCGAAACCGUCCUAGUCUUGUUCGCCUGCUUGACUUUACAAAGGAUGUAAAUUCUGCAAUGGAGGCAUCUAGAAAAGCACAGAUUGCUUUUGCAGCUGCCACAAACGUUGGAGAGGCAGAGAAUAAGGACGCUUUCGUUUCAGUUAAACGGGUUAUUGACUUCAGUUUUCAGGAUGUAGAGGAGCUAAUACGUUUGGUGAGGCAAGCUAUCGAGGCAAUUAACCAUAAUGGUUUCGGUGGCAGUCGAGGUUAAAUCAACCAUGUAAUUUAUGUGGUUCUCCAUUCACAAGCAGGCCCUUGGAUAUGGGAAGGAAGUGAGGACCUGCGUUGCAAUUUGGUGAAGAGGCAUGCUGUUAAGUGUGUUAUAUUCCUGUACAUGUGUACAAAGUGGGAUUGAUUUGCUAUUUCAUGAAAUUUUGAGAAUUCAACUUUUUGGUAUAUGAUAAGGGCACAGAUGCUCAACCUUAAAAUUUACAGGUUGGGGAUGAGGUGUAUAAAGUUUCAACUCUUCAAGGAAAAGAUUCAGAGUUCACUUGAGAUCCAAUUUUGAAUAUUAGGUUCUUUUGGUUGGGAAUAGAGCAAAAUAGGAGUUCGGAUAUUGAGAACAUUAGUUGACAUAUCUAAGUAGACAUGAGUUUCAAUGUAGUCCCAAUGUUUCAUCCUUUACUAGAGGACUUGGAUCCUUAGGUUGCCGUAUAUAACUUCAUUUUUCCUAAUGGAACAUAAGGCACAAUUUUGGUGGAGGAACUUAGUGGAA